AUGCCGCCUGGAGAUGCCUUCUUCCUCACACAGCAAUUUCAUAUCAUAACUGAAAUUGAAUGGAUGGAUUUGGCCACCACCUCGCGUGGUUUCCGGGACAUGGGCAUGCGAGAUGGCGAAAAAGGUUGCGAGAGCUCCAUCCGUGAUACCCGGCCGCCGAACCCUUAUUCCAGAAUAUCUUCUGCGGGGUGGGCAGCCAGCGCGCAUUCUGAUCCGGACGGCUGCAGCGUCUCCUCGGUAUCUCGGGUAGAAGGUCAGCUAAAGAACCAAAGAAGUAUGGCAUGUCCUGAUGAUUGCAAGAAAUUCGGUCUUUCCCAUUGGCCAUCUGGCAAGCGCUUUCCGCCAGGCUGGUACGCUGGGUCUCUCCCUCUGGGUCUCUUGAUGGAGCCGACGCACUCACUUUGUGGGCGACACCUUGCCUCUCGUUGCGGGGCGUACAAGUAUGUUGGAAGUCGGGAUAAGAGACGGCAGAGGCGUCCCUUUAGGAGCCGCCACAAUCCACUCGGCCGAGGCAAGCCGUUGGUAACGCAGCCGACCUCCUGCUGGUGGUUGCAGGAUCGAGACACAUUUGAUCGGACCGGUUUCUACCCGUUCAGCUCAGUCUCGUCCGAAAGGGCAGGUAUACGAGCCUCGACAGUGAUCUGGUGA